AUGGUUCUUCAAGAUCUCGGACGCCGUAUCAACACGGCCGUUUCGGACCUGACGAGGGCGCCGAACCUCGACGAAAAGGCCUUCGACGGCAUGCUGAAAGAGAUCUGCGCCGCCCUCCUCGAAGCCGACGUCAACGUGCGCCUCGUGGGCCAACUCCGCAAAUCCAUAAAAUCGACCGUCAACUUCAAAGACCUGCCGCCCGCCGUCAACAAGAAGCGCCUCAUCCAAAAGACCGUCUUUGACGAGCUCGUCAAGCUCGUCGAUCCCCAUGCCGAACCGUUCAAGCCCAAGAAGGGCAAGGCCAACGUCAUCAUGUUCGUCGGUCUGCAGGGUGCCGGAAAGACGACAACGUGCACAAAGCUCGCCCGACACUACCAGGCCCGCGGCCUCAAAGCCUGUCUCGUGUGCGCCGACACGUUCCGAGCCGGCGCCUUCGACCAGCUGAAGCAGAACGCCACCAAGGCCAAGAUUCCCUACUACGGCUCCCUCACCGAGACGGACCCGGCCGUCGUCGCCCGCGAGGGUGUCGACAAGUUCAAGAAGGAGCGCUUCGAGGUCAUCAUUGUCGACACGUCCGGCCGCCACAGGCAGGAGGAGAACCUAUUCCAGGAGAUGGUGGACAUUCAGGCGGCGAUCAAGCCCGACGAGACCAUCAUGGUGCUCGACGCCUCCAUCGGCCAGCAGGCCGAGUCGCAGGCCAAGGCGUUCAAGGAGGCGGCCGACUUUGGCGCCAUCAUCAUCACCAAGACGGACGGUCACGCCCACGGCGGUGGUGCCAUCUCGGCCGUCGCCGCGACGCACACGCCCAUCGUCUUCAUCGGCACGGGCGAGCACAUGCUCGACUUUGAGCGCUUCGCCCCGCAGCAGUUUGUCCAGAAGCUGCUCGGCAUGGGCGACAUGGCCUCGCUCGUCGAGCACGUGCAGUCGCUCAAGCUCGACCAGAAGGACACGAUGAAGCACAUCACCGAGGGCAUCUUCACCGUCCGCGACCUGCGCGACCAGCUGUCCAACAUUAUGAAGAUGGGCCCGCUGUCCAAGAUGGCCGGCAUGAUUCCCGGUAUGAGCGGCAUGAUGCAGGGCAUGGACGACGAGGAGGGCUCCCUCAAGCUGAAGCGCAUGAUCUACAUCUGCGACUCCAUGACGGACAAGGAGCUCGACUCGGACGGCAAAAUGUUCACCGAGCAGCCGACGCGCAUGACGCGCGUCGCCCGCGGCUCUGGCACCUCGGUCCGCGAGGUUGAGGACCUCCUCACGCAGCAGCGCAUGAUGGCCGGCAUGGCCAAGAAGAUGGGCGGCAACAUGAAGAACAUGCAGCGCGCGCAGCAGGCCAUGGGCGGCGGCAACAAGGCCCAGCAGCUCGCCGCCAUGCAGAAGCGCAUGCAGAGCAUGGGCGGCGGCGGCGGCGGUGGCAUGCCCGGCAUGGGUGGCAUGCCCGACAUGGGCAGCCUCAUGAAGAUGCUUGGCGGCGGCGGCGGCAUGCCCGGUGGUGGCGGCAUGCCUGACAUGCAAGCCAUGAUGAAGCAGAUGGGCAUGGGGGGCGGCAUGCCGGGGAUGCCUGGUGCUGGACGGGGAAGGAGGUAG